GAACAGUAUUAUGAGAAUGGAAACUGUCCAACUCUACAAGUGAUCUUCGAACGCAAAUUGCUGCAAAACAAAAGACAUGGCAACGACAGAAAAUGUCGAAGCGUCCUCUACGGAAGCAGAGACAGUCACAAUCGAGCUGAAGGAUGUGAACAUGACAGGCCAGGGAAAAGUUGCAAUGGCAGAUUUUGAAUUGUUAAAAGUUUUAGGAACAGGAGCUUAUGGGAAGGUGUUUUUGGUUAGAAAAAUAGGCGGUAAAGACGACAACAAGCUGUAUGCAAUGAAAGUUUUAAAGAAGGCAGCCAUAGUACAGAAAACAAAAACAACAGAACAUACUCGUACAGAAAGACAGGUGUUAGAGGCUAUCAGGGAAUCACCAUUUCUAGUCAAACUCCAUUAUGCAUUCCAAACUGAAGCUAAGCUGCACCUUAUACUAGAUUAUGUUAGUGGUGGUGAAUUGUUUACACAUUUAAAUUCAAAUGAACAGUUUGAGGAGAAAGAUGUAAGGGUUUACAUAGGAGAAAUUACUUUGGCAUUGGAAACAUUACACAAGCUUGGAAUUAUCUACAGAGAUAUAAAGCUUGAGAACAUUUUACUAGAUUCCUCUGGUCAUAUUGUACUCACAGAUUUUGGUCUCAGUAAAGAAUUUUUACCAACAGAUAAGUACCACAGAGCAUUUUCCUUUUGUGGCACUAUAGAAUACAUGGCUCCUGAGGUUGUUGAAGGCAGCAGUGGAGGGCAUGAUUUUGCUGUAGAUUGGUGGUCUCUAGGAGUCUUGACCUAUGAACUUUUAACUGGUGCUUCACCUUUCACAGUAGAAGGAGAAAGAAAUACACAGUCAGAAGUAUCAAGGAGAAUUUUAAAAGCAAGUCCUCCAAUACCAAAGUCAUUUUCUCCCGAAGCCAAAGACUUUAUACUUAAACUUCUAACUAAAGAUCCACAUGACAGACUUGGAUCUAGAGGAGCUGCAGAAGUUAAGAAACACAAGUUUUUUAAGACUCUAAAUUGGAAUGAACUGGCCCGUGGAAAUGCACCAGCUCCAUUUGUUCCAAAAAUACAGCAUGAAUUAGAUGUUAGGAACUUUGCCACAGAAUUUACCAACAUGAUACCUGCAGAUUCACCAGCUAUUGUUCCUAAUAAUGCAGAGAGAAUAUUUAAGGGUUAUUCGUAUGUAGCACCAUCUAUAAUAUUCAGUGAUAACACAAUCAGUUCAGAUUUACUGUGCAAAGGGAAGGAAAAUCAGCCCAGUGAAGGACAUAUAGUAUAUGCCAACCAUUUUAAAAGUUCACCAUUUUUCCAGAAAUAUGAAAUUGAUUUGUCUGGUAAACCGCUAGGAGAUGGGAGCUUUUCAGUUUGCAGGAAAUGCCUUCAAAAGGACACCAACACACAGUAUGCAGUAAAAAUAGUAACAAAACGUAUUGAUUGUACUAGAGAGGUCACAAUCCUUAAACACUGUCAAGGUCACCCAAAUAUAGUCACUAUAAUGGAUGUGUUCAGUGAUGAGUUACACACAUAUAUUGUAAUGGAGUUGUUAAAAGGAGGAGAAUUAUUAAACAGAUUAAGAAAGAAAAAGAAUUUUACAGAGCCUGAGGCCAGUGAAAUUAUGUUUAAACUUGUGCAAGCUGUUAGUUUUAUGCAUUCAAAAGGAGUUGUACAUAGAGACCUUAAACCAGAGAAUUUAAUAUUUCAAGAUGACACAGAUAAUGCAGAAAUAAAGAUAGUAGAUUUUGGUUUUGCACGAUUUUAUAAACCUGAGAUGCAGAAAUUGGAGACCCCGUGUUUCACUCUGCCAUAUGCAGCACCAGAAGUUUUGAAAACAUGGACAACAAAAGAUGGUUAUACUCAAUCGUGUGACUUGUGGAGUCUGGGUGUUAUUCUUUACACCAUGUUAUCGGGAACAGUGCCAUUUCAGACAUACAAAAAUGAAGACAGUGCUGAAUCCAUCAUGAAGAGAAUAAAGGGGGGACAGUUUGAUUUCUCCACACCAGAAUGGAAAGAUGUUUCAGAACAAGCUAAAGAUCUCAUUCAAGGAUUAUUAACAGUGGAACCAUCAAAGAGAUUAACUAUGGACGAUCUCAAAGACAAUGAAUGGCUAAAUAGACAUAAUAGUUCAUGUUACUCAUGUACCCCUCUGAGGACACCGGGUGUACUAAAUCAUACAGUUAAUAGUCAACUCAGCGUAACUUUAGGUGCCUUUCACAAAGCUACUCGGGAAGGUUUCAGACUACAGGAUGUGGCAAAAGCCCCUUUGGUUCUAAAACGUCGUAAAAUGAUGAAAAAUUCAGUAGAAGAUCGUAGUUUUUCUUCAGACAGCACUCAUUCCUCAAGUUCUGGCGAAUCAUCAAGUCAGUUGAAUUCUCAGCCAUCACCUAAGAGAAAUUUAUCAAAUUUAUCAAGCAUCUCUAGUGCAUCAAAUACCUCGUCUAUUUGUAGUACAGGGUUUGUGCCUCGCACUCAUACACCUGCCAACAUGAAUGAACAAGUCAAUGUUGCAGAAGAUGUUACAGUGGCAACAGAAGAAACUGGCAGUGCCUCAGAGUUGUUUCAGAGUAGUCGUGGAGAGAAACGAAAACAUUCAGACAAUUCCCAAGAGGAGAAUGAAGAGGAUGUAAUCGUGAUUGACGACAAUAGUGAAGAAUUCUCCGCUAGCGAGUCCGAGAGUUAUGUCGUUGAUACUGAUGAGGAGAUUGAGGAGGAAAGCAACGAAGAGGAUCAUCCUGAUGUGAAUCAUCGGACUAGUCCUAUUGUUAUAGAUGAUUAGUGUACUUUAUAGAUUAUAUUGUUGAAUUAUUAUAGCUUACAGAAUCCAAUACAGUUAGCCUGUACUGUACGAUAUGGCCGAAAUUCAUUUGAGAAUCAAAAAUUAAAUGAGUAUGGCAGCUCAGAUUAUUUUUUUUCCCAAUUUUAAAUGAGAGUUGUAUGAUAAUUAUUAUUACAACUUCUUAUCAUAUAAAAAAAGUAAAAAAUAAGCAAAAUCUAAGGUGAUUUGAGUUGAAACAUUCUUUAUCCAAACUUGAAUGAUGUUGAUUUUUCUUGUGAACUCAGCCUAUAUUUGUAACAGAAUAAGUGUUUAUUGUACUAUAUUAAUAUAGUAUUCUAACUAGGAUAUGUAAGAUCCUUGUUUUGACUUUGAUGACUAUGAAACAGACAUAUUAUUAGUCUUCAUGGUAAACUUUUGCAGCGACAGGACUCACACAUUGCAACAUUUUUGUAAAGAUUUUAUUGGCCUGUAGUAGUAAUUCUUACUGCCAAAUAAAAAUUUUACAAGCCUAUGCUGAAAGGGCUGUGGUCAAGGUGUUAUAUACCAAGAUAUGUAUGUAAUCUUAGAUCCCUGUUUUAUCUAUGAUGACUAGGAAUCGAACAACUAACAUAGACCUUAUCGCUAUCUGGAAAUCUACGCCGCUUGACCCGAGAAUCUGCGCCGGUUGAACUAUUCACGUCAUACAACAACCACUUUUCCAUUGUGGCAUCAGUUAUUUUCUAAUGUGACGUCAAAAUUUUACUUGAAACUGUGUGAUGUCCAGUAAUGGCGGACAAAUAGCGAUAAGGUGUAUUGUUAUACUAAGGUACAUACAUUUGUUAUACUAAGGUACAUAUUUGAUUCUGUAGGUUAUGUGGUUGUUGUUUGUCUUUCAUUCUUGGUGCAACUGUAAAUAUAAUCAAACAUUCCAUGACUUCAUUUCUCAUCAUAAGGCCAAGUAGAUUUUACACCUUUCCUUUCUUUAAAUCUGUGUUAUUUACUUUACUUUAUCCUGUUUGUGCAUGCUUACACAUGAGGCCAUCAGGGUUAAUUUUGAAAUUAAAAUUUGUAAACAUUACAAUUUAUAUUUUUUUUUAAAAUUUAUCAGACUUUUAUUAUCAAUAUUGUUGGUUGAUAUUGACCAGAACUCACAACGUUAUAUAGAUUUUUUGUGCAACCAUUGUCAAGAUGAAUACAUUAGGAUAUGUUCUGAAGAACACAAUCAAAAUUAUUAAUGAAUAUAUAAUUGACUCUAGUGAUGUUGAAUACAAAGAUUAAAAGAAGAAGAUGUUAGGCCACUAUUUUGAACCCUCAAUUUUAAAAAUAAUCAUUUGGUAAGGAUUUCUUUUAAUCAUUGUCAUUCAGUCAUUGACUGUUGGCAAAACAUAACCAAAAAAAUUACCAGUCUUAUACUUAUGGCCCUUAGAAAUAUCACUAACAUGAAAAAUGCUUUGUAAGCAUUCUAUUUGAUUUGAUGUUUCUUGACAGAUUUUGAAGAAAUUUCUAGGAAGGUUUAUAUUGGAAAUCAUAUUAGAAAAUCUGAAUUAUAGAUACAGUCAUUUUAUUUUGACAUUAAGGGGAUCAUUGCUGUUUAGAAGGUAAGUAUUUUGACAUCCCUCACUAGAAUCAUAAUAUGUAUAUUCAGAAGAUCAGUAUUAUAUUCUGUUUGUUCUUACAGCCUCAUUUUGAAAAAAACAUUAUGUAUCAUUACAAAAAAAUCAUUCUCAAGUUGUGAGUGGUUAAUAAACUGAAGAAUUUACCAAAAGCACAUAAUACAACAUAUCUGCUAUGAAUUUAGCAUACAUAUUUUUGUUUGUUUGAACUUUUAGAAAAGAUGUGCAUUUGAACAACAACAAAAACAAAAUUACAUUUUAACUUUACCUUUACGGUCAAAAUGGUGGUUUCAAAAGAAAAAGGUGUGCAGCCUCUUUCUGAAAUCACUUGGUGGUCCUUUCUUAAAAUCAUACUGAAAAAUAAUUUUAUAUUAUGAAAUUUUUUUUUUAAUGUACUACAAAUGUAAAAAUUGUGAAUAUCAUAAAAUAGACCCUUCAAAAAAAUAUAAUUGUGCAUAAAAAAUUAAUCUUUAUAUUCUUGGAUUGCUGUUGAAGAAAAUGAAAAUUUAUUUAAGAAAUACACUAGACAAGUACACUGAUUAAUAAUGUUAAGUUUAUAUGUUACUUUUUGAAUUUUUAUCUUAAAAUAUUUUCAACAUUGAAUAAAUCUCAAUAAAUUAAGCAGGAGAGACCUUUCUGUGUGUGCACACUUGUUAUUGUAACCAUCUCGCUUUUUGACUAUUUUGGCGAAUUGUUUUUAUUGUGUCACCUCUGUGACAUUUUUAUUUGCCAUGUAUGUAGCAUCUGAAAAUCUGACUAGAUUUCUCUUCAUGAGCAACCUUUGAAUUAAGCCUGGCUUGUAUCUUACAAAAUAUUGUACCGGUACUUAAAUUACGUCAGCAUUAUAGGCAUGAUAUCAUUAAGGACUAUAUUUUAUCUGGUAUGAGCCAUAGUAUUCUUUAUAUUUUUAAGACAGAGUCUGAGAUAGUUACAGUACAUGUAGUUCUUUGUUGUUUCUGCAUUCUACUUUUGUUAAGUCUUAUUGAUAAAAGUGCAUUGUUUUUACGCCACAGUUUUAGAAUAUGUAUAUAAAAAUGCUUGUAAAAAAAAUUGAAUUUUAAUUGAAAAUGUACUAUUUAAAGUUUUUGAAUAUUUGUACAUGUAUAUAAAGUGCACAUUUGUUAUUUAUAUAGAAAUCUUAUGUACCUUCCAUUUUCAAACUUCUUGUAUACAUGGCCAUUGAUUUGAUUAACUUGAUGUUUAAGCAAGUACUUCAUUUUUAGGGUCAAAUUGCAAUUACAUAUAAACAUACAUUAUUUUUCUAAUUGUCCUUUGCAAGACAAGCUGGGGUGAGAGGGGGAGGGGUUUGGUGUCUGUUGGUCCUUCCAAAAGUACUUGGUAGGAAUAUUUGUUGUCAUAUUCUCUUGACCAUGCUGUAUCAUCAGUUUGAAUUGACAAUUUUAAAAGGCUGUGAAGAUUUUUGAUGUGGUCUGCAAAGCUUUUUAUUAAAAUAAUCAUUUGUUUUGAAAUUUGUUCACAUUAAAGUGUGUUAGUUUCACAUAUAACCUUAUUUGAAACAUAGUUUCUGUGAUAGAAUUAUCCUUAUAAACUAAAUUUUCUGUGAUAUGAUUUCAUUUUCUGUUAUGUUGCCUUUUUGACAAUUAAAAAAAAAUAAUAGUACUUGUAUACUUAGCAGAGGACAAGUAGUUCAAAUUUUGGAAGGUACAAUUAGGUUUCUAUUUUAUAUUGUGCCUGGUCACACUAAAUUUUAUCUCUUCACCUUUAUAUAUUUGAAAUUUUAUAUUGAAUUGUAAAUAUGAUUUUACAUUUUUUAAUUUAAAGAUGUUAUCAGGUGUAGUCAAUGUGAUAUGUCUAUAGGUGUUUUUUUGUGAAGGACUGAUUACUUCAGGAAAGUAUUGUUGUCCUAGAAUAACCUGAUUGGGCAGGGUUUGAAUUUUAAUAGUGUUUCCUGUACUAUACUGUUAAUGAUAGAAUGAAAUUGGAAUUUUAUUACUGUUAGUGAUAUUUGUUAUGUUAGUUAAUUAUCUCUGUAAACUUUGAAGUACUUGAUUGGAUAGAGCUUACCUUUUCCCAGUAUUUCAAGUAGAGACUAAAGUAAUUAUUGUAUUACUAAAGUAGUCAAUGUAUUACUAAAGUAAUCAUUGAAUUACUAAAGUAAUCAUUGUAUUACUAAAGUAGUCAUUGAAUUACUAAAGUAAUCAUUGUAUUACUAAAGUAAUCAUUGUAUUACUAAAGUAAUCAGUGUAUUACUAAAGUAAUCAUUGUAUUACUUCAAAUUUUGACUUGAUCAGGCAUGCUGUUAAUGGCUGUGUAACUUUUAAAAAAAUAAAAAAUUUUAGUUGCUGAUUAAUUUACCAACAUGUUCAAUAAGGGUUUGUAUUACAUUGGUAUGACAGUAUUAUAUAGAUGAUUUAAAAUUAGUAUCAGUAUUUAUCCUUUCUCAAAUAGAACUUCAUUUAAUAACAUAGCAUUUUUAGCCAUAUUUAAGCCAUGCCUAUUCAGGUUAAGUUAAUUCAGUAUGGAAGUUUUGUCCAAGCUUGACAUUGACUUAAGUCACUACUUUUCAAGUCUAUGGGAAUUCUUAGAGAGUUGCCAAGCAACACAUUUAUUCUUGUAGUAGAUCAAAUGAAAUGUUAAAGUUAUAUACAAAUUUUGACAUUAAAUAUAAGAAGUAGUUACAUUUUCAUUUAUAUUGAUGUAUGGAAGUUUCAAAUAUUUUUUUGUUGGUAUUACGGUAUUUUGGUGCUCUCUUUUGAAAUUGAUAAUUUAAUAGAAUAACACUUCCGCUUUAGAGGAAAACUAUGAAAAUUUGUUCUUAGUUUGUUUUCUAGGAACAAUUCUAAGGAUGUUUCUUAACAUGAUGAGUAUGUAUGUACUGCAGUUUAAAUGUUGUUAGUGACUUCUCUUACCAGCGUAAAAAGACAAAUGAUGUACUAAAAUCUUGUUUUCAAAUUAGACUAUGACACUCUUUUUUUUUUAAUAUUUGAUAUAUAAAAAGUGUGAAAGGUAAGGGGUGUUUAUUUUUGACUAGAUUGGUCAUUCAAAAUUUUCAUAGGUGACAAAAAAAAGUCAUAUGUCUGUACUGUAUACAUACAAGCAUAAAUAAAUUGCAGCUCAGUCUUAUCUCAGGCCAGUUUAAACAAGAAUGUUUUCAACUUCAUUUUUUUUAUCUCUUGUUUCAAAGAUUAUUGAAACUUAUAAAUGUUGUGUUUUAUAUAAAAUAUUUUUAUUCAUAAUUCAGAUAAGUAAAAAUAAUUUUUUAUAUAUUCUGAUGUAUAAAAUAUCAAAUGUAUAAUAUUUUUAUCAAUGAAUCAGAUAAUUUAUUCCCAAAAAAAUUAGUGUGAAUAAGUUACCAAGUAAAAUUGUGUGUCACAAGAUUAACACUGUGAUAUUAAGAGCACCGAUUUUUGUUAAACAUUGUAUUUUUAUGUGCUUUAAUUACCAGUCAUAUGCUACAACUGAAUUUUCAUGCAAUAAAUAUUUUUUGUUGAAUUUCUCAAUUCAUACAAGAAAACCUUCAUGGAAAGUUGUCCCUAGGUCUUCUGCUCUUAGUUUUGGUUUACUUCUAAAAAUAAUUUAAAGUAAGGAUACAAUGCCUACAGAAAAAUUAAUUUUUUUGCUUGAUUAGAACAGACUUCAUGUAGCCACUAGUUUGUUUUCUCAAUGGCAAGUUUUGUGUAUUAAUAUCAUAGGGGUUGGUAUGUGUACCGGUGAGUUUGUUAUUUUUUUUAGUCAGUUAUUAUUGUUUGUUAGGGUGAAUGUGUUCAGCUUUUAUUGCAAUUACAGACUACAAAUUUAAAACUGUAUAAAUUCUGUGAAAAGAUUUGUAUUUAAAGCGUCAAAAAAGCUUUCCUUUAUUUAUCAUUUUAUACAUUAAAUGUAUUACUGUAGAAAAUGUUAUUUUUUUUUAUUAUUUUCCUCAAACAUUUCUGGAAAAUAAUAAAAUGAUGAGUUAAGUUAUAAUUUGAAUUAUAAUUAUGUGUAGCUAAUACAAAUUAAGCAUUAUACAAAAUAAUAAAUGUAAAUUGAAAUUCUGGAGUUUAAGAAAGAACAAAAUUAGACUUUCUAAAAGUUUCAUUAAUUGAAUAUGAAUUUCACCUGUUACACUUAAAUAUUGUACCCAAAUAUACAAAGGCCAGAUUCUUCUAGAAUCCAGUCCCCUUGUUAUAUCUGAUUAGAGUCUUGAGAUGUAAGACCAUGGUCCAUCUAUAAAAUAUGCUAUGGCUGACUUGAACUGAGGUCAGCAUAUAAUCUAAUGUUUUAGCUUUGUGAGAGGAUUUUUUUUGGUUUAAGGUACAAUAAGAUAAAAUACACUUGACCUUAAAUACUGUAAAUUCUGAAAUUUUUGUAUGCAUGAAUUAUUCGAUGUUGAAACAGCGGAAAAAAAAUAUGAGAUAUAUUAUUACCAUUUUAUUUUUGCCAAACGAAUCCAAGUUUUAAUAAUUACAUGGAAAGGUCAUUAAUGCUCUUAUUGAAAAUUUAUAGAAAAUCAUUAUUAUGAAGUCUCGGUAAUCAUGCAAGUAGACAUCUUCCAAUUGUGAUGAGUGAAGCAAAUGUUGAAUGUCAAAAAGUAUAGUUGUCAACUCUCCAGAUAUCAGCAGGAGACAUUUUUCUUUUAAAAUUUUGACACCCCACCCCCAGUGGCAGUGAAAUCAAACUAUUGUCAGCACAUAAUGUUUUUACACAAUUUGUAAUUUUCCACCUGCAUUAUAUGAAGUUUAAGCUAAGUAUUUCAUUAAUAAUUUGAAUGUUUGGUUCCUAUUUAUUUAAAACUUUUUAGAAUUGAACUACAAAAGUAAAAUUGAAUAUAAUGAAAAAACAGCACAUAGUAGGUUUUACACCAAAUGUUCUCUCAAAAGGAUAAUGUUGCCCAAAGUUCAGGUUCAGUCAUUUCAGUUUCUAUGUAUGGGCUGCCUUUUUUCAUUGCUUAGUUCCCAGUUAAAUAUCAAUACAUACGGCUGGACAGAAUGCUGUUGUUAUGAACUGUUAUUACACACAUACAAAACACGACAUGAUAUUUUGAUUGGUGAUUAGCAAGCUCAUAUUUUUAUUUUGUGUAUUCGUUAUGUGUGUAUGUUAAGCCUGGUAUCUUUGAUGAGUUUUUUAAAAGCAUAAUUUUAGAAUUGUACUAAAGAAACAAUGAUACAUUGAGAAGAUGUAGAUUGAAUGAAAGUAUAUGUACAUGUAGUAAUGUUUUAUGAUGUUAAGGGCAUCAGUACACUUAUAGGUGACUUAUAAAUGGCAUAUAUUGUAAAUAUUAGUUAAGGACAUAAUUUGUUUCACUGUUCUUUGAUUUGACUAAACGGAGUUCUAGGGUAUAUGUCAAAGAGACCCAACAGCUAAAAGAGAAACAACAUUAGUUAUUUGUCCCAAGGCUGGUAGAGGGGGCAGCAAUGAUCUUAUAUGGUUGGUUGGAGAAUGUUUAAUAGCCAUUGUUACAAAUUAUAAAGCCUGGUAUCUUAGAUGAGAUUUUACAAGUAGAAUUAAACCAUAAAACAACACAAUUCAGAUUAUGAGGAAAAUUUUUAAAUGCCUGUUGAAAGAAGAGAAUGCUAAGUAAAGGUGGUUAUGGCUUAUGCUGGCAUAUUUGUAAACUUAGAUCUGUGAGAAUAUUUUUCGUUUUUAUAAAUUUGAUACAUCCGACACACUGGUUGAAAGUAUGUAUGUUUUAUUAAAUAUGAUACACAACAAUUCAAUUUCUCAUUUGAUCUCAAAAAGUUAUUUUUUUAUAUUAUUCUUUCAACAUUUAAAUAUUAUGAACCUUCUCUUUUUAUAGAUUUGCUGUCUCUUUGGUUAUUUUUGAAUAUGCUGUUGACCCUAUAUAUUCUUUGGGAUAUUACUGGUCAGGUUGCUCAAAUUUCAAAUCUUGCUUAUGCUAUGAUGAAAGUUGGUCAAAGAAACCGUGAAAUAAUUUAUCUGUCAAUUUAUUGUUACUAAGCAACAUUUUCUUAUCAUGUAUUGUUCAGUUUCCAUGUUAUUUCAUACAAGCUAAACAGAAUCAUUUUUUUUAGCACUAUGAAUCUGAAGGCAAUGCAGGUUUCAUUGUAUUAUUACAUUAUUAAGUUUGAUUAAAGUCAUGUUCCAUAAUUGAAUAUAUGAGUAGGUCAGGAGGCACAUUGAAUAAAAUUUAACAGUUGUUUAAAUUUUUACAGCAGCUUUCAGAAUCAUACAUAGAUUUAAAAAAAAAUAUACCCCUAACCCUAACACACACACUUAAUUCUGAGCCAUUAGGGGAGGAUUAAUCUACUAAAUAUUUAUAGUGAUCUCAGACAGUGAGUUUUCAGCUUAAAGUGCUAAGAUUCUUUUAGGUAGAAUUUUUUAUUGUAAAAUAAAAUCCAAAUAGGAUGUAGUGUGCAUAAAACAGUCUGCAUAAUGCUUUAGAUUACAAAUAUGGCUGGUAAUUUUGCAGUAGUAUCUAGUAUAGGACAUUGUAAUCAGAUUAUUUGCACAUGUUGAACUUUCAUACAUUUUGAGCAAUUUAGAGCUUUGUUUUUACUCAUAUAUCAUGUGAAACUGUUAUUGUUUUACUUUUGUCUUCUUUGCUGUAUUAAUAGAAAUAUCAUGUUAGAUUUUAAAUGAUAUUGUUUAAUAUUUUAUGCAUGUUAUAGAGUCCAUGUAUGUUUAGUCUUGUUAUCUAUCAGAUUUUUAUUCUACGGCUUGAUCAGAUAUCUCAAUGUUUUUAUCAAUGCACUCGAGAGUCAAAUUUGUAUUCUGUUCAUUGGUAAUUAAAUAAACAGGACUUCUCUUAGAGGUCUUAAGUUAAAUAUUCUGUCUGAUAUGAAAUAAACUAUAAAACAUAA